CCCCCAGGAGGGGCAGUAUAUCCAUUGUCUCUGCCAGGAGGGUUUUUUUUUUCUCCUCCUGCUGCCUCUGAUCUGAUUAUUUGACGUCCAGUUAAAGGGAAGGCAAGAUGGCUGAGCUGGGGAAGGGAGUCUCUGCGGGGAAGAUAGCUAGCAACGUGCAGAAGAAGCUGACCAGGGCUCAGGAGAAGGUGCUCCAGAAAUUGGGCAAAGCAGAUGAGACGAAAGAUGAACAGUUCGAACAAUGCGUGCAAAACUUCAGCAAACAGCUGGUGAGUGGCAAUCGGGUUCUGACCAUUUAUCGUGUUUUUUUAAUCUUUUUUGCAGCUAUGCAUGAAGCUUCCAAAAAGCUAACCGAGUGUCUGCAAGAAGUCUACGAGCCCGAGUGGCCCGGCAGAGACGAGACUAACAAGAUUGCAGAGAACAGUGACCUUUUGUGGACGGAUUACCAUCAGAAGUUGGUAGACCAGGCCCUCCUGACCAUGGACACCUACCUCGGCCAGUUUCCAGAUAUUAAGUCACGGAUUGCAAAACGUGGAAGGAAACUCGUGGACUACGACAGCGCGAGACAUCACUUUGAAUCCCUACAGAACGCGAAAAAGAAGGAUGACACCAAAAUUGCCAAGGCUGAAGAAGAGCUGCUGAAGUCUCAGAAAGUCUUUGAGGAGAUGAAUAUUGACCUGCAGGAGGAGCUUCCUUCAUUAUGGAAUAGCCGUGUUGGUUUCUAUGUCAACACAUUCCAGAGUAUCGCGGGCCUGGAGGAAACUUUCCACAAAGAAAUGAGCAAGCUGCAUCAAAACCUCCAUGAAGUAAUGACAACCCUUGAGGGCGAUCAGGGGAAGCCAUCAACCAACGCCUUUACUGUGAAAGCCCAGCCGAGAAAGAAAACCAAUCUCUUCUCCCGACUGAGGCUAAAGAAGAGCAGCGACCCCAGCCCUGCUAAAGUCAACAAGUCCACAGCCUCCCCUCCAGAUGGUCCUCCAGCCGCCAGCGCAGAGGACAAGACCACCAACCAUGAUGUAGAGGAGUCGUUUGUGUCCCCAACUGCUGCUGCAACUUCUGUGUUCUUCCAAGACACCCCAACUGUGACCGUCUCCAAAUCUCCCUCUCAGCUGAGGAAAGGCCCGCCGGUCCCGCCGCCACCAAAACACACGCCUUCCAGGGACAUCAAGCAGGAAAAUAUCAUCGGUCUGUUUGAUGACAGUUUUGUGCCCGAAAUAAGUGUGACCACUCCCUCACAGUUUGAGGCUGCGUGGCCCCCAGUGCAGGAGCCCAGCCUACUAGAUCUGGAUUUUGAUCCUCUCAAACCGGAUUCAAGUUCGACUGCCGCUGCAUCUCAGUCGGUGCCUUGGGACAUGUGGGAGCCGGAGUCGUCUGUACCUAGUGUUAUGGACCAGGGUCUCGGUGAUAUCUCCUCUGACUCCACAUUUGCUGUGGAGUGGCCAAGUGAGCCCACCGAGGCGGCUGCCCAAACAUCAGAACCAGCUGAGAAGGAGGCAGAAGUGAAAGCCGCAGAGAAGGAUGCAAAUCAACCCAGCUCCCUCCCAGCUGUCGUUGUUGAGACAUUUUCCGCCACCGUGAAUGGUACAGUGGAGAGCGCUCCUCCAAAGACCAACAUGCCCCCUGGAUACGUAUACAAGGUAGGGAGUGAAGGUGUAGGAGAUGUUGUUUUAGUGACUCAGUUUGACAACCCAGAUGAGCAGGAUGAAGGCUGGCUAAUGGGAAUUAAGGAGAGCGACUGGCUCCAAAACAAAGAAUUCGAACACCACCGAGGAGUAUUCCCCGAGAACUUUACCGACAAGCACCAGUGAGGCGGAGUCGCCGCUCCUCUCCGGGAUACA